AUGAGCCAGGAUGGCCAGUCACAACAAAGUCGGGUCUCGGAGCCAUUCACCAUUGAAGAGAACAUUCACCAUCUCAAUGCCAUCGACAAGUCAAUCGCCCAACUCAUGAGCCAAACCGCCACAGCUCUUAAUGCCCUGACCACACAGGCAUCAAACACCUCAGCACCCAACGGCGAGACCUCGUCCCUGGAUCCGCCCGCUCAAAAAGAAGCGUUCAAGUCCGCCACUGACUCAUUCCUCACAACACUCCAUAGCAUAGACGUGAGAAUGAAGCGGCAGAUCAUGGCGCUAGAAGAAGCCGGGAUCGUGCGUCUGUCGAAUACGCCGCGUCAAGAUCCCAAUGGGGCCACCAAGGGAUCGUUGAAGCCGAAUGGCGUGGGGACGGUGGGAAACCUAGACGUUGGCUGGCUGAACAGUCGGAGCACGAGAGUAGAACGCGACAUGGAGGCCGAGCUAUGGCAGGAUGCCAAAGAAUUCUUGCAGAAGCAGCAGAGUGGGACUGGAUCAUGA